AUGGUGACGGUGGUGCAGCUGCUGCUGCUGCUGCCUCCGCUGCCGCUGCUGGCCGUCGACUACUGUGCGCUGUGCCGCGCGCCGGGCAGCCACACGCUCUGCCUCUACCCGGAGGCCGGGCCGUCGGCCGGCUGCACGGGCUACGUGCCGGCGCCCCUCACCGCCGGCGAGAAGAAGGCGCUGCUCGACACGCACAACGGGCUGCGCAGCCGCGUCGCGCUGGGCCAGGGCUGGUCGCCCAACAGCACGCACGACGCCCAGCCCAAGGCUGCCAACAUGCGCCAGAUGUACUGGGACGACGAGCUCGCCAGCACCGCGCAGCGCUGGGCUGACAGGUGCGACAGCUUCUACACGACGCGGCCGCACGACGAGUGCCGCGACUCGCCGCGCUUCCCCGUGGGGCAGAACGUCGUCACGACCGCCUACAACUUCCCGCUGCCGAAGGACGUGCGGUCGCGCGUGCGCGAGUGGUACAACGAGAUCGAGGACUUCGACCCGUCGUGGGUGUCGUCGUUCAGCUUGCAGCCGGUCGAGGACCGGCCGACGGCGCACUACACGCAGCUCGUCUGGGGCUGGACCUACCUGCUGGGCUGCGGGCGCGCCGUCUUCCACGAGGUGGGCUGCCCCAGCGUCUGCACACACUGUAAAUGCAACGCAGGGACCGUGCAACUCUUCUCAAGUGUCAACGAGAUGAAGACCGGUGGCCAGAGUUACCAGUUCGUGACAAUUAUUGAAGUUAGGCAAUUGAUCCUUAGCAUGGAGGACGCAGUUGUAAUCUCCAUUAUUGAGAAGCGGUCCACCGUUGAUACCGAUAAGACUUGGUAA